CAGUCAGAGCAGCUCUGUACAAAUGAGAGGUGGUCUGCAGGAGGUUUUAGAUGAACAUAAGAUCAGUCUGAGGAGGAGAUGUGAAUGUGUGACUGAAGGAAGUGAUGAAACAGGAAGUGGAACCCUCCUCAGCAGGAUCUACAUUGAGCUCUACAUCACAGAGGGACAGAGUGAAGAGGUUAAUACCCAGCAUGAGGUGAGGCAGCUUGAGACAGCUUCCAAGAAGAAGACCCUCCAUGACACUCCAAUCAGGUGCCAGGACAUCUUUAAAGCCUUACCUGGCCAACAGAGAGCCAUCAGAGUGGUUCUGACCAACGGCGUCGCUGGCGUUGGAAAAACCUUCUCAGUGCAGAAGUUCACUCUGGACUGGGCAGAGGGCUCGGAAAACCAAGAUGUCAGUCUGCUGGUUCUGCUCUCGUUCAGGGAGCUGAACUUGAUCAAAGAUGAGCGGCACAGUCUCCUCACGCUGCUCCAUGUUUUCCAUCCAACAUUACAGAAGGUCCCAGCAGAGAAGCUCGCCGUCUGGAAACUGUUGUUCAUCUUUGACGGCCUGGAUGAAAGCAGACUUUCAUUGGAUUUCCACAACAGUGAGGUUGUGUCUGAUGUCACACAGAAGUCAUCAGUCAACCUGCUGCUGAAAAACCUCAUCGAGGGGAAUCUGCUUCCCUCGGCUCUCGUCUGGAUAACUUCCAGACCUGCGGCGGCCAAUCGGAUCCCUCCUUCGUGUGUUGACAGGGUAACGGAAGUACGAGGCUUCACUGACGCCCAGAAGGAGGAGUACUUCAGGAGGAGAGUCAGUGAUGAAGAGCUGUCCAGCAGAAUCAUCUCACACAUCAAGACCUCCAGGAGCCUCCACAUCAUGUGUCUAAUCCCAGUCUUCUGCUGGAUCACUGCUACAGUUCUGGAGCACAUGUUGACUACAGACCAGAGAGGAGAGCUGCCCAAGACCCUGACUGACCUGUACUCACACUUCCUGCUGGUUCAGAUAAAGAGGAAGAAGCAGAAGUACGAUGAGGGACAUGAGACGAGUCCACAGGAGCUAAUGGAGGCUGACAGGGAGGUUCUUCUGAAGCUGGGGAGGCUGGCGUUUGAACAGCUGGAGAAAGGAAACAUCAUGUUCUACCAAGAAGACCUGGAGCAGUGUGGUCUUGAUGUCACAGAGGCCUCGGUGUACUCAGGAGUUUGUACAGAGAUCUUCAAAAGAGAGAGUGUGAUCUUCCAGAAAACAGUCUACUGCUUUGUUCAUCUGAGCGUUCAGGAGUUUCUGGCUGCAGUCUACAUGUUCCACUGUUACACCAACAGGAACACAAAGGUACUGGAGGACUUCCUGGGGGAUUUCUUUCUGAGGAGAGCCAUGCAGAAAUCCCUUGAAAGUAAAAAUGGCCACCUGGACCUGUUUGUUCGCUUCCUUCAUGGCCUCUCUCUGGAGUCCAACCAGAAACUCUUAGGAGGCCUGCUGGGUCGGACAGACAACAGUCCAGAAAUCAUCCAGAGAGCCAUCAACAACCUGAAGGAGAUGAACAGUGAUGGGAUCUCUCCUGACAGAAGCAUCAACAUCUUCCACUGUCUGACGGAGAUGAACGACCACUCAGUACAUCAGGAGAUCCAAGAGUUCCUGAAGUCAGAGAACAGAUCAGAGAAGGAACUCUCUGUGAUCCACUGCUCAGCUCUGGCCUACAUGCUGCAGAUGUCAGAGGAGGUUCUGGAUGAGUUGGACCUGGAGAAGUACAACACAUCAGAGGAGGGACGACUGAGACUGAUUCCAGCUGUGUGGAACUGCAGAAAGUUUCGUCUUUCUGGCUGUAAACUCUCAGAGACUCACUAUGAAGUCGUGGCCUCAGCUCUGAAGUCCAACCCCUCCCAUCUGAGAGAGCUGGACCUGAGCCGCAACAACCUGCAGGAUUCAGGAGUGAAGCUUCUGUCUGCUGGACUGGAGAGUCCACAUUGUAGACUGGAGACUCUGAGAUUGGAGGACUGCAGUUCGUCAGAGAUCAGCUAUGCUUCUGUGGCCUCAGCUCUGAAGUCCAACCCCUCCCAUCUGAGAGAGCUGUACCUGAGUGACAACAACCUGCAGGAUUCAGGAGUGAAGAUGCUGUGUGGUUUUCUGGAGGAUCCACACUGCAGACUGGAGACUCUGAGGUCAGUUCAAUGACUCUCUGUUACUAUUGUAGAUCUGAAUUGUUUAAUUAACGAUUUGAAGCUAAUUUCAUUUCAUAACUUCCAUCCCUAAACUUGUAAAUGUCCUUCUGUUCAUAUUUUCAUGUUUCUUGUGCUAAAUUUAGUCUGCAGUCACAAAGACUUGUGUUUCUUAAAGAAACUACCACCAUAAUUGCACUGUCCUUUCCUCUGGAAAAGGACAACUCAUACCAAAACGGCAGGCCACCUGUCCAUCGACAGCAGAAGACUAUCUGCCUUGCAAGUUUUGUGUAGCUAUGUAUGUCAAAACAGACCUGUGGAGACAUCAAAAGCGUUGCAAACUACAAGUGACAGAG